AUGGCUGGUGGUGAAGACUGGGUUUUUGGUCUUAUUGGUGCUCCCCCUCAACCCCCGGCCUACCCGAAUCGAUCUCCUGCUACUCCAGCACAUGGGACCCACCCUGUGGGGACCUACGAGAGUAACGAACGUUCAGACUCUGUUAGCACUAUCGAGUUCUACGAGAACCUGCUUCUGAUGAGUUUGACUAUCAAGCUCGGUAGCUGCACUGCUUCUGUUCAGAACAUUCCCUAUCACGUUGGCCGUGUUCGCAAUCAUGAGGGACACUAUAUCGACGAUAAGCUCUACGUGGGACCCGACUUCAGCGAAACAGAUUUCACGACACAA